GAGCGACGAUGCGGCGCGAGGGACGGCAGCGAGGGUGGGUGCGUGUGUACGACCGCGCCGUGGUGGACCCGGAGGGCAAGCGCCGCGCCGUGCACGUCGUGGACGGCCCGGUGGUGGCCAACGGCGGCUUCAUCCGGGCGCCGCGGAAGCCGACCAACCAGUCCAAGUCUGGCGGCCUCCGCGCCCUUCCCCGAGACGCACUCGUUCAAGACGAGGAGCCGCAACUCCAUCCGCCACUGGGCGACCGGCAUUCUGGGUACUACUACACAACGACGUGCCAGUCACCGUUCAGAUUCGAGGCCGCGCCGUAUGGAUGGAGGUACGACGCCUUCGCACCCGAGGAAGUGCAAGCUCCUCGCCCGCCGCCGGCAGCGGCGCGUUCUGGGGGGAGAUCGGCGUGCAAGGGGAGCCGCAAGUUCAAGCACAGCGAGAUCAAGAUGUACUACGUGGACGCGGCCGAUGACGUCGAUGGGCGCCUCGAUUAUCUCUAUGACUUUGAUUCAUGAUUCCCCCCUUUGUUUUCCAAAGUUCAGCAAGAUGAGUUGUAAACUACUGUAGAUCCGAUGGAUGUGUGUAUCUUUGUCCCUUCCGUUAUCAAUGCAGGUGCUUGCUCUAAUGAAGAUCAUGUUGUUAUUCUACUCC